AUGCCAACAGCCAUGUCACUUUCCGCCUACUUCAUCAACUACACCAGUGGGAGCAUUUUUACUUCCGUACAAAUCAAUUCUUCCAGUUCACAUUUGCUGACAAUACUUACGCACACAACCGCUCACCCUCCUGUCCUGGGACAGAACAAUAAUCAAGGAAACAAAGUCAGCGUCAGCGAUAACGGGGAAGACGACGACUCGUUUGGUGAACACUAUUUCCAUAUCUGUAUUUACAUUUGGGCCUGUGUGGUUGUUAGCAGCCUCAUCGCCCUGUCAGUGAAAUGGGGCUGCUGUGGCCGAUCUCUAACCAGAUGGGAGGUGAAGAGGAUUCCUCUGAAGAGAUUUCAGAGAGUUGAUGGAGAGGACAGCCAAGACAGAUGUCCUAUCUGCCAUGAAGAGUUUCACGAAGAACGCCUUAUACGACAGCUGCCUUGUAAUCAUUGCUACCAUAGCUACUGUGUAGAUAGAUGGCUGGUGAAAAUGUCCAACCGAUGCCCGCUGUGCAAGCAGAGGGUGUCCAUCAGCGUCCUGUGUCCAUGGAACAAGCAGCGGCGGAAGCAAGAGGUCACCGGAUUUCCAACUGCUGACAUGGAGGCAGCGGUGGACGAGUCUCCUCCGAUUCCACCGCUGGCGACACUUACCCCGAGUAACUGGUACGGGGAGGAGAUUAUGUCGGGUCCUAGCAAGUUUAUAAUUUUACGUCCAGGACGUCCAACGAGAGUGAUUGAUGUCCGGCAGAAAAAGCCCACCGUCUCUGCCAAAAGCAGCGUAGACAAGAGAGAAACUUCCCUGUUGGGGCAUGUCGAUGCAGUCGAUCAUGUUUCUCGGAGUUUCUGUCAGCAUGGAACAAAUCAGAUGUGUAGCUUGGAUGUUGGAGGUGUUUCUAGCAAUCAUGCUGCCUCAGAGAACAUUCUAAGUGCUUCACCUGUAGAAGCAGAUGAUGUCCUUGAAGCUGAUGUCCUAACUCGAUCAGCAAGCUCUUCUCGAAGCUGCAGCAUCAGCAGUGAGCAGUCACUGUUGCUUCCAAGCCAGAUCUGCAGCUGUGGGAGCGAGGGUCAGAAGUUUGAAGAUCUUGUGCCCGGAGGAAAUAAUUCUGUGUGUAGUACUGCCCUGUUGUGUCUUGUACAUUCACGGGAGACUAGCAGCCACACCCCAUUUUCUUACCAUAAACCUGAGUUUAGAACUGUACCCCCAAAGGAGUAUAGAAGUACAACCCAUGCAACGGUCACAUUGUGUAGCAGGUCAAAUAGUGUGGUUUCUUUCAGUAGUGGCGAAUCGGAUACUAAUCCUGCAUUGCACACUCCCGCCUCCAGCAGGACAAAGUAUACAACCAGCCAUUCUGCGAGUGUAACAUCGUUGAACAAAUCAGAAUGCGCACCCGUAUCAGCAUUUUAUCACAAGCGGCACACGUUACCAGCGACGUGUGCUGAGACAUUGACUCUUCUUCAGUUCACCCCGUCACACAUAUCGGACGAUGUCAUGCAUGACAGUUUCACAUCUGUCGUUGCCAUGGAUGAUUCAUAG